AUGCCUAUAAAAGGUCCUCUUCUAAGCAAUCACACUUUUAAUGGCGCAGAGAUAUUUAACCGCUUCACAGAACGUUCAUAUGCCAGUAACUUCGGCGAUAAAGUCGACAGUUUUGGUAAUAUCCGGAAUUCGAGUGCUAGCGAUGCGUCUCUUCAACAGUUUUACGUAGAAAUUGCUGAGAUAAAAACUUUUAGAGUAAUAUAUAACUGGCUGGUCACAUUUCUUUUGUUCUUCGUCUGUCCUUUUUGCAUUCUAACUUUGGUCAGUGUCAAACUGAUACAGGCUGUGCACAAAUCAAGUUGCUUUAUGCGUCAGCAAUGUGCUCGCAACUUGGUUGAGAUGCGUUGCAUCAAUCGUGAGGAGACACGUAUAAGUGUUCUAUUACUGUCUCUCAUUGUGGCAUUCUUCGCCUGCCAGAGUCCUUUCGUAAUCUAUUUGGUAUGUUCUCAUAUCGACUGGGCUCCACCCAUUGACCGGCUGUAUCAAAUAGAGGCCCUUGUGUCUUUAGCACUGGCUAUCAAGAGUGACUGUACCUUUUUGCUGCACAUUUGGAUGAGCCAGAGAUUCAUAAAAUCACUGCGUCGCAUUCUCCAUACAGUUUCUGGAGUAAUCAACAGUAAAGAGGUUGGAACUCAAGGUCACAGUCAACCUAAUCAUUUGCUUAGGCUCAAUUAUUCUUGGCCUCGACGGCAACUAAGUAGUAUUCCCAUCUUGAAUAAUAAGAAAAGUAAUUCUUCAAAAAAAAAAUGUCAUAUGAAAGUUAACAGUAAUGACGGAAUGGAGCCCAGUUGCCGUCAUCUAGAUGAGAUAGAUAAAGGUCCAAAUCAGCAAACCACAACUGAGAUGCCUUAUGCUGAAAGCAAUUCUGGAGGGUGGAAACCAUCCUCUACGGAGGAAAUGUUUACUAACUUAUUUCGGCCGGACUCAGAUACGUCCUGUCAACAGAUUUCAACAGGCCGAACCAGAUCAGAAUUGAAUAUGUCGCAGAAGACUCGUUCCUACCCACAAGAAAUCUGGAAUGAAAAUUUUUCGGAGACACGGCGGGCACCAAAUAGGUGGAUGACUGAUGAUAAUAUGCUUCAUGGAAAACAUACAACCUCCAUAUUUGCACGACUUUUGAGUCAAACACGAAAAAGACGCCUCAGGCGAAGACUAAAACCCGGCCAACUUGGCUCAAAUGGUGCGCCAUGCCGACAGUCACGUCGGAACUUCUCAGUCUCUGCCAGCGAAUCCACUACGACUGGUCAGUUUCUCUCAAUCUUCAUGGCAAAUUCUGCGCCUGGAUCGAGCCCCAAUACUCCUUCCACGACCACUACAGCUAGCCAAGCUGGAGCCAACACUUGCAAUUCUACGGUUGCUCUGAACAAAUUUCAUAGACAAUCAAAGAUCAUACCUCAGUCGCAGACAUCUCCACAGGCUGGGAACAAUAUCAACAGCCAACGUUGUUGCCAUUUUGGCUGUGAUGGCCAGCGACAGCCAGCAUAUCACCUGACGCCGCCCUAUGCGGUCCGCAUCACUCCACCAUGCAGAAUGUUUUAUGCAAGCAGCCUUGAUCAACAGAUUUCGAUGUUAAAUAGACACUUCCCCUCACAUCCAAUUAAAAUACACAAAGGUGUUUUUAUCGGACAAAACAUGGAACCUUUAACAACUGCAGCCCUCUAUUGGGAGGGCGAAUGCCAUGACAAUUUGUAUCCUAAGACGGUAUUACCAAAUGCCAUAAAGAAGCACCACUCCGCAUCAGCCUUAAUAAGGACUGGACGAGAUCAAAUUUUCAACGACGUUGGCCCCGCCAUCGACGUAAAAUCCUUCAAAACCACCUUGGUUUUGUCGGUUCGUGCUGCCUAUUGGUCACAGCAUCUCAUGACGUGA